AUGUCCUCCAAUUUAACUGAAGAGCAAAUUGCUGAAUUCAAGGAAGCCUUUGCUUUAUUUGACAAAGAUAACAAUGGUUCUAUUUCCUCUAGCGAGUUGGCCACAGUGAUGAGAUCCUUGGGUCUAUCUCCAAGUGAAGCUGAAGUUGCAGACUUAAUGAAUGAAAUUGAUGUAGAUGGUAAUCAUAAAAUUGAAUUCAGUGAAUUCUUAGCUUUAAUGUCGCGUCAAUUAAAGUCAAAUGAUUCAGAACAGGAACUACUAGAAGCUUUCAAAGUAUUUGACAAAAAUGGUGACGGUUUAAUCUCAGCUGCCGAAUUAAAACAUGUAUUGACAUCAAUUGGUGAAAAAUUAACAGAUGCCGAGGUCGAUGAAAUGUUGAGAGAAGUCAGUGAUGGUUCUGGUGAAAUUAAUAUCCAACAAUUUGCCGCUCUUUUAUCUAAAUAA